AUGUCACUGAAGCAGGAAAUCGAGACUUGGGUCGAGGCAAUUGCUUUCUACGACAACAACGACUUUGACUCAGCGCUGAGGACCUUCGGCAACAUCCCGGAUACAGCAAAGAUACUCUUCAACUGUGGGGUCAUACAUGCUACGCUGGGCGAACACAAGAAAGCGGUCCAAUACUAUCAACGGGCGAUCCAUCGGGACAAUUACCUUGCAAUUGCGUACUUCCAACAAGGCGUUUCGAAUUUCCUGAUUGGUGAUUUCGAGGAGGCAAUGGCCAACUUCAACGACGCGCUCCGCUUCUUGAGAGGAAACAGAUUCAUCAACUAUGAGCAAUUGGGCCUGAAGUUUAGACUGUACUCGUGCGAGGUACUGUUCAACAGGGGACUAUGCUCUAUAUACAUACAAGAAAAAGAGGCUGGAAUGGAAGAUUUGCACAUUGCAGCCAAAGAAAAGGAGAAACCGGAUCAUGAUGUUAUUGACGAAGCUAUUGCGGAGGACGCUGAGGGCUACACUGUCUUCUCCAUUCCCGUCGGGGUAAUAUACCGGCCAAACGCUGCCAAAGUGAAAAAUCUGAAGACUAAAGACUAUCUGGGGAAGGCAAGAUUAAUAGCCGCGUCUGAGCAGGGCAAUACUCUCGCUGGGUCAGCGAGUGCCGACACAAAAGCACAAGCAGCUGCAAUAAACAGAAGCGUGGACGACCGUCCCCCAAACACCAUAUCUUACGGCGCCUCCCACAUGGUGAAGCCAAACCUAUACAGCAGAUCAAGACAGCAAUCUGAACCACCAGUCCAUCGCAACAUGUUCCCACCCACACCACCACCAGAAAACGACCAAAUCCGUCCCGCUUUCAUGGUAGCUUCAACAUCUCCACCUAGCAACCCACUUUCUCAAUCUCGAGCAUCCACUCUCACCAAUACCCCGCCCUCCAAGCCCGUCCGCCCCGAACCUCUCAACCUCGAAGCAAUCACCCAAGAAAAGCCCCGCAUAGGCACCACCCGCACCGCCUCCGAGCCUCGCGGCCCCUCCUCUCGCCGCCUACAUAUCCACCGCGAGCGCGACCACUCCGGGCGGCCUCGUUUGUUUGGGGAAACCACCCCUCACCGCCCGCAUUCCUAA